AUGGGACGGCAGCCGCUAAAAAAAGACGGUGGGCGCAAGGAGCGCAAAAACGUCCGCACGUCCACCACGUUCGAGACGCGGCUGGCGACGAUCAAGCACUUCGAAGAAGGUGGCGACAUGACGUCGACCGUGGAGCACUUUUUCCCGGCACUUUCUGUGCAAGCUCAACGCAGCAAAAAGCGCGUCAUCUACAGUUGGGUCAAGGACCGCGACAAGAUCGCAAAAGCCUGUGAGUCCGCCAAUUCUGCUAAGGCGCAUCGGCUGCGCAAGCCAGGACUCGGCCUUACACUCAGCAGUGAUGCUGAGAAGUGCAUCGUCGUCUGGCUGCGGUCGCUGCAAAAAGCUGGGCGUGCCUGUAACCGGAGCCAUGGUGUCUGA